CGGGAAAUGCUGGUCCCAGUAUUGUCGCGUUGACUAACACUGGGUCCCACGAUACGUUUCAGAAGAGAGCGGUAUACAGUGCGCUUUCAGACGCUAGCUGAUUCUUGUCAGUAUUCACUGCAGCUUUCCAUUCACUCAGAGGUGAGCGAAGACUGAGAGGAAUUACCCUGUCUACCUCUGCAGACUACAUCCUUUCGGAUCCCGGCCGGCGAGCAGAGUACGAUGCGCAACGGAAGAUGCACUCUUCCUACUCCUCUUCCUCAUCGUCGACAGGCACGGCCGACUGGUCCAGCUUUUUCGGCCCAGACGGCGAUCCAGAAAAGGAACAGCAAUCGUCCGCCAACUUUUUCCAUAACUUUUUCCGACACGCUGGAGCGCCGGCCUUUGGCGGUGCGGCAGGGGCAGCUGGAGGCGCGCACAAACACGAACACGCAGGCGCAAACACGGCUGCUGAUGGUGCGCAACCCUCGGCCGAUGGUGUCUUCGGUGAUGUGUUCGAGGAGCUGCUCAGGCCCGAAGUACGCCGCAUUGCGCCCAUAUGGACCUGGGUCGGCUUGGCAUCGGGCGCAAGUCUAGGGUUCAUCUUGGGCAACAUUCCUGGCGCAAUCGGUGGGGCUGUUGUUGGGAACCGGCUAGGAGCCAUCAGAGAUGCCAAGGGCAAGAGCGUGGCAGAGGUGUUCAUCAAGCUGGGCGCUCAUCAGAAGGCGGAAGUCCUCAGAGCUCUGGCGAUGAAGGUGCUCGGAAGUAUGGGUAGUAAUUGACGAUGCUAUCUUGUAGAUCGUUGCUCAGUCAGAUGAUAUACCCUAUUUUAUGCCUGAAAUUCAAAUGUAUGCUA